AUGACCCCAGAGCAGCUCCUGGGCCCGCAGGUAUGCAGUCCUGUAGGGGAAAUGAAGCUCUUGCCUGAGGAGGAACGAGGGGAGGAGUCUGACCCCUGUCCCCAGGAAGUGAUGGACUGCUAUGGCCACUCCCCCUCAAUGACUCACUGCCCCAGCACCGACAGUCUUAGCAGUGAGGAGCCAUUCUGUCGUAUCUGCCACGAGGGAGGGGGUGUCGGGGAGCUGCUCUCCCCCUGUGAGUGUGCAGGGACGCUGGCCAUGGUCCACCGGGGCUGCCUGGAACACUGGCUCACUGCCUCCAACAGCAGCCGCUGUGAACUCUGCCACCACCAGUACUCCCUGGAGAGACUGCCCAAGCCGCUCACUGAGUGGCUGGGCUCACCAGCCAUGCAGCACCAGAGACGGACGCUCUGCGGUGACGUCAUCUGCUUCCUGUUCAUCACGCCGCUGGCUAGCCUAUCAGGAUGGCUGUGUGUGCAGGGUGCCAUGGACCUGUAUUUCAGUAACAGUAUGGAGGCUGUUGGACUCAUGGUGCUCACCCUGGCUCUCUUCACCAUCUACUGUUUCUGGACUGUGGUGUCGCUGCGCUAUCACAUCCACCUGUUCAGGACGUGGAAACAGACAGACCAGAGAGUUAGGCUACAGAUCCCCCGACCAGCACGAACCAUGCACACACACCACACACUGAACCUCAGCUUCCUUAGCAAGGACACCAGAAAGGAGACGGUGGUGUAG